UGUCAUAUAUAAACAAAAUUUUUUUCUUCCAACAAAAAAAUUUAAAUCGCAAAAGGUUUUUGUAAUGGUUAUAUUCCUAAGGAGACCUUACUUUAUACUUAAAGAUAUAACCAUGAAUAAUUCACAAAUAAAAACUUAUGUUAUGUUGGAAAACUCGGAGGAUUUGGAAAGUGACGAAAUUGCUGAUUACAGCAACGAACAGUUUGGCAUACGUGAAGUGUGGCGGUCUAACCUGGAAGACGAGUUCAAGGAGAUACGUCAAAUCGUACAGGAUUACAAUUACAUCGCUGUCGAUACUGAAUUUCCUGGAGUUGUUGCAUCACCGAUAGGCAACUUUACAAAUAACAAUUCAAACUUUCAUUACCAAAGUUUGCGUUGUAAUGUUAAUCUUCUGCAAAUUAUACAGUUAGGGUUGACAUUUAUGAACGAUUCUGGGAAUAGUCCAACGAAAUAUUCGACUUGGCAGUUCAAUUUUCAAUUUAAUUUGGAACACGACACCUAUGCAAGAGAUUCGAUAGACUUAUUAAGAAGAUCAGGUAUACAAUUCCAAAGACAUAGAAAAGAAGGUAUAGAUCCCACUGCAUUUGCAGAACUUCUCAUGGUUUCAGGUGUUGUGUUAAUGGAGGAAGUAAAUUUUUUAAGUUUUCAUUCUGGUUAUGACUUCGGUUAUCUGUUAAGACUUUUAACAAAUCAGGAUCUACCAGAAGAUGAGAAGGAAUUUUUUGAGUUACUGAAAACAUAUUUUCCAAAUAUAUACGAUAUAAAACAUUUAUUGAAAUUUAAUAAAAACCUGAAAGGAGGUCUACAACAUAUAGCAGAUAAAUUGUGUUUAGAACGCGUCGGACGAAAACAUCAAGCUGGCUCAGAUUCCCUUCUAACUGGUAUGAUUUUUUUUAAAAUGCGUAAAAUACACCGAGAAGAAAAUAAUUUAAGUUUCGAACCGACAUCUGUGUAUAUAGGAUAUAGUUAUAAUUAUAAUCGAGACACAGAAGUUGUGCCUGAACAUGAGCAUAAUAUUUCAAGUCCUUAACUAAAAAUUUUGUUACCAAAAUUUGGCAAAAAAUAAACAAAAAUUAAAGACGUUAAUAUAUAUUUUUUGA